AUGGGUUUUUGCGGUAAUCUUGAUUUCCUCUCUAUUCUUCCGGGAGAAGCGGAUGUAGCUUUGGAAGUUGAACCGGUGGUGCCAGUGGAGGAAGAUUGUAGUGAUGAGGAGAUGGAUGUCGAUGAACUAGAGCGAAGGAUGUGGAGGGACCGAAUGCUCUUGAGACGGCUUAAGGAGCAGAAGAAGAACAAGGAGUCCAUCGAUGAUAGUGCAAAGCAGCGUCGGUCUCAGGAGCAAGCGCGACGGAAGAAAAUGUCUCGUGCACAAGAUGGAAUCUUGAAAUACAUGCUGAAGAUGAUGGAGGUUUGUAAAGCUCAGGGUUUUGUGUACGGGAUCAUCCCCGAGAAGGGCAAACCUGUGACAGGAGCAUCAGAUAAUCUUCGCAUAUGGUGGAAGGAAAAAGUUAGGUUUGAUCGAAAUGGUCCAGCUGCAAUUGCCAAAUACCAGGCAGAGAAUUCGAUCCCGGGAAAAGUUGAGGAAGCAAGUAUUGCAGCCUCUACUCAUACGCUUCAAGAGCUCCAGGAUACAACGCUUGGCUCACUUUUGUCUGCUCUGAUGCAGCACUGCGAUCCACCUCAGAGGCGGUUCCCUCUGGAGAAGGGUGUUCCCCCACCUUGGUGGCCUACCGGAAAGGAAGAAUGGUGCUCUCAAUUGGGUUUGCCAACUGAUCAAGGGCCACCUCCGUAUAAGAAGCCGCAUGAUUUGAAAAAGGCCUGGAAAGUUAGUGUUCUCACAUCCGUGAUCAAACACAUGUCCCCUAACAUUGCCAUGAUCCUCAAACUCGUCCGGCAGUCAAAAUGCCUACAGGAUAAGAUGACAGCUAAGGAAAGUGCAACUUGGCUUGCUAUUAUAAAUCAAGAGGAGGCUUUAUACCGAAAGCUAUAUCCCAAUAGCAUUCCACCAGCAUCCUUGGCUGGUGAGAGUGGAUCGUAUUCAGUCAGUGAUACCAGUGACUACAAUGUUGAAGGAGCAGAAGAUGAUGGCAACAUUGAAGUGGAAUGUAAGCCCCGUGAUACGAAGUUUUUCAACUUGGGGACAGCUGCAACUAGUGAAAGGCACAUGAUGCCUCUCUUAGCUCCAAUCAAGGGAGAGAUUAUUGACGUCGAUUCAGAUUUUAUUCCAAAGAGGAAACAGAUAACUAAUGAGGUGCACAUGGAUCAGAAGAUGUUUACAUGUGAGUUUCCUCAAUGCCCCCACAGUGAUUAUCAUAUGGGAUUCAAUGACCGGACAUGGAGAAACAAUCACCAAAUGAAUUGCCCAUACCGUUUCAGUUCGUCUGAAAGGCUUAACAAACCAAGAUAUCAAAUUGACAAUGACAAGCCAGCAGUUUUCUCUGGCCCUUCUGCCCAAAACGAGUCAUUUUCUCUGCCCUUGAACGAUGCUCCAGCAAGUGUGGAUGUUUCUGACCUUGGAAUUCCUGAAGACGGCCAAAUGAUGAUUUCUGAGCUUCUGUCAUUCUACGAUAACAAUCUUCAGCAAAACAGUAGCUUCAACUCUGGGGAUCUCAACUUUCUAGAAACUCAAAGCUCGCAGCAGCAAACGACACAACUUCAACAAGGCGAUUAUUUCAUCAGACAGGGAGUUGCGUCAGGGGGCAACGUGUUUCCAGAAACAAGUAUGGCCUCUAGUAAUUCCGUGUUCCCAUCAACAGAAUUCCAGCUCAAUCAGUGCAAGCCCUCGUACAAUUCCACAUCCAGUGGCAACACAAACGAGAAUAUAUCUGACUUCAGGUUUGAUUCACCUUUCAACUUGACACCAAUCGACUACUCCAUGGAUCCACUACCUAGGCAUGAUGCAUUGUUGUGGUACCUCUGA